AUGAUUGACAUAAGGCUUCUAAAUCCUUUCUUGCCUCUUGAACAUCAGUGUGUUUUAAACCCUUCUGGUGAUCGAAUUUUUAACAUUUUACAAACUGUUCAGUUUCAUGUUUUGUCAAAAAGUGGAUGCUUCCUAAAGCUGGUUACGGACACUGAUGAGGAGAACAAUGAUGAAGUCUAUAUCCAUGAAAUUCCUGGUGGAUCUGGUUCUUUCGAAAUGUUAGUAGAAGAGUUUGUAGUGUGUGAUCAACAUGUUCGAACGGAUUCUCUAUUGGAAGAUAAAUUUCAGGAGAUCAGAAGCUCCGGGAUGGUAUCAGACCCUUCAAGCCUAAGGUGGCAAAAGUGGUGGAUGGCUACCUUGCUGCUAUUGCAUGUGAUUCUAAUUUACCCCUUUCAAAAUUUGUUAAUUUUGGUGCGAACUAGAUCAAGCUUUCCUAGAACAUCUCUUGAUGGCCUUUAUCAGGCCAUUGACAUGUAUUUGAAGGUUGAUGAACUGCGGGAAGUUGUCUGCAGAGGCUUGCGUGCAUGCUGUGCAGAACGAGUGGCUUCCCGACCCAAGCAUAUCGUUAUGCAGUGGGAAAAGCAUGAGAAUGUUUCUGCUAGUAAAAUUAAAGGUCUCGUGUUAAAGAAGAUACCCUCUAAGAUUUGGUCCAGCAAAGAAAGAAGUAGUGAGCUAAGUUUCUCUGAUACGUCAGAUAGCCCUGCUUCUACUGUUGUAGAGGAAAGAAAAUCUACCCCAUCUAGAAUGAGACCCCGUGUUGAUAUGGGGACUGGUUUUGGACUGCCAAAAUUUGUAAACUCAGUUUUUAAGGGAAAAGAACUUAAAAAGGAUAAGUAG